CCAUUGCCCGCGCUUCUUAGUUCAAACUUUAACCAGUGCGCGCUAAAACGUCAUUCGGCGCGCGAAGUUAUUUGAACUGCACGCGCAUUCUACGAUCCGAUGAAAAUCGAUUUUCUUUUCGCAAUUAUUUUUUUAUGAUUUCCUCUGUGUGUUUUAUAAUGUUGUAGGCAGAAUUUUAGUGCGUUGUCUAUUAAAAAAUUGUGUAUAGUGUGGUGUUUCGCUUUUUUCUAGUUGGAGGACGGAAUUCUAUUUAAAUUGUAACACAGCAAGUCCACGAUGGCAACCAAAUCGUACAGCAAGCACAAAGAGUAUAAGGAGUACUCCAGCUCCAGGGGCAACGUGCCGUACACAGACGAACAAUUUGAUAUGAUAAAAUCCGAACUGAUUCCGAAAGGCAGUAAGCUAGACUCUCUGGGCAGAAGUGGGGGUGGAGGGGCGAGGGAGUACCACUACGAGUACAAGGAGGAGAAACACCCCUCCGGGAAGUACGAUAGGAAGGACUUACAUACCGUUGAGGAAUUCACAAUCCCACCGAAGGGCAUUCCGAAAGCAUCAGAGAGCACGUACUACUACGAGCGUGAGGAGAGAGAGCUGCCGGCGAUUGGCUCCGGCACCAGAACCUACAACUACGAAACCACUAGCGCAACUCCAGGAUACUCAAAAGUAAAGAGCUCUAAAGUGACUAAGGAACUGACGCAGAACGUGGACGAACUAGAUUCUCUUCUAGACGACUUGCAGAAGGACCAAGAACGACAGCUUUACAAGAGUGGCUACGCAUCAGACACUGCUGAAAGUACCUCAUUCGACUAUAGGAGGGGUAUUCCAGCGAAAGCGCCCUCUAGCGGCUACUCGACUCUGAAGCAUGAAGAAAGGCUGGAAUCAUCGUCAUGGGGCUCGAGCCCACCACCCACAAUCACACGAGCUGCCGAAGUUAGAAAAGAGGUGUAUAGGGAGGAGAAAACCGAAUCCCGCGUGGUACCAUCCCAGGUGUCUCCCGCCAUACCACAAGCGGUGCCACCCACCAUCUGCUCACACUGCCACGAGCCACCGACCACUGGCACUCUGUCAAGACCGGGCGCCAUGAACAAAGUGACCACCACGGUCAAGACCUACACGUACGAAAUACCGGCCGACCAGGACCCGACCACCGUGCCCAUCCCCGAACACUCACACUCGCACACUCACACGCACAACGAACACGUUCUGCACGAUAGCACAACGAUAUCAAACACGUCGACGCCCGUGAAGCUGGUGGCGGCGCCCCCCCACCCCGCACCCCCCGCCGGCGGCUGCCAGUACUGUUCCCACUGCAAUACGCGGCUGCAAUACCGCACGCACGCUACCGAUGAGGUAACGAGUGACCGCGUGCUGUAUCCACAGCCCGCGCCCACCACUCUGCAUCCCGUAGUUCCCAACGACCCGCACAAUGGACACGGCCCAUAUGGUCCAUCAAGCUACAAGUACAGCGAGUCGAGCUACUCCACGCACAACUCGGCGCAGCGGUUCCCCUCCCCCGCGCCCGCGCACCGCUCGCUGUCCCCCUCCCCCGCGCCCUUCCCGCGCCCCGCCACGCCCGCCACAGCCACGCAGCAACCGCCCAAGAAACUAGACGACCUGCUCGCGGACUUCCCCGAAGCGCGUUUCCCCACCCAACCGGACGGCAUCACCCGUCGCAAAGUGGAAGUGACGCACGAGAGUUUAAGCCAGAACGCACAAAACGCUCAAAACGACACCGCGAAGAAGCCGUCGCUACCGAUCGGUGGUAGCAAGAAUGUCGCUGGCCCCGCGGUCUACUACCCGCCUGGACACGUGCCUUUUGCCAAGAAGGACACUCCAGUAGUCGCUGGCGGUGGCGGAUACCAGUCCGCUGCGAUGAUGCAAGGAGGCGGCGCGUACGCGUCCGGUCGGGGAAUGUACGAGUACGAAUCCGGUUCACGCAGCAAGGAAAAGCACAGCGAGAAGAAAACCGCCGUGCCCAUCUGUUUGCCGCUUUGCUGCGCCAUGCCUUGCGUUAUUAUGUAAACUAAAAUGUACCAUUCAAGAUCGCGUCACGAAAGUUGAACUUUAUUACGUUACUCGACAAUCAACAAGAAUACAUUCAGAACUUGUCGAUGUUAAGUUACACACGGCAAGUUGGAUACAGACACAAAUGUCGAUGGGGUGUUCGUAUCCUCUUAGGAAGUAACCAGAAGUCUAUAAGCUGAAACAAAUCCCCAUACUAUUAGAAUUAGGAGCGGUAAUGUUUAAAAGUCUGCCAACCCACUCUGUAUCGUUGUAGUGUUUGUAUCCUCUUAGGAAGUAACCAGAAGUCUAUAAGCUGACACAAAACUCUAUACCUAAUUCAUUUCGAAUUAGGAGCGGUAAUGUUUAACAGCCAGCCAACCUUCUCUGUUUCAAUGGGGAGGGACUUUUUUUUGUUUAUGUAUUUGCAUAAUUUUACCUAUAUUUUAAUUUAUCAGUAUGAAAUUUCAUAUAUGCAACUAUAAUGUAUCUCAAACAUAAAUUUUUCUGAUUCUAAGUCUAACUUGCUACCUAGUAAGAAUCAAGUUUAGUUAACUGUCAGAGUAACUCUACAUUAUAAAGUUUUAAUCAUAGUUCAUUGAUCCUUAUUAUUGUAUGGUCUUUAACUCCAGACCAUAAAUUGUGACGAAGUUUGACUUGGUGUCACAAUUUACACAUUUGGCUCGGUAAUUUUGACGACACACUGGACUUUACAAGUGAUAAAUAAAUUAAAAUAACAAAAACCUGACGUCAACGGCCGUUAAAAAUUUCGUUGCGUCGCGUACUUGAUAUCAAUUAUGUGAACAUACGUGUAUAAUUCAUAACGGUACUUGCAUUUUGUAUUAAUUAUCAUGUUAUAAUCUCCCCAGUAACAGAUAACACAAAAGCUUUUUGGAAAAUCAUUAUACUAGUAACGCCAUCUAGUAGACUGAAAAUUCGUGCCAUUGAGUUGGUUACUGUCACGAAUUUCAUAGUCCCGUCAUUUUUAAUUAUACUACAAAGAUUCUAAAUUAAAUAAUUAUUAAACUUGUUUGAUAUUGUAAAUGCCCGUAUUUUAUAUGAUUAGUUAAUAUAAUAAAUAAAAUAAUUAAUAGUUAGAUAGAUAGGUAUUUAACAAAAUUGUAACUAACAAAGCUUCUCUCAAGUCAAGUGAAGUUGAAGCAUUAAAAAUUCUGUAAUAUAAUUUGAAUUUUAAUAACUGUAAAGUUAGUUGUUAAAGCAAUGUUGUUAUUGUUAUACCUUGCUAUCAAAUUAUAAUAUUCAAUUUCCUACUUUCUUAACUCAUAAAGUUUUGUUUGACAGGAACCACAGUAAAUAGUAAAUCAAUAAGAUAAUUAUUAUCUUUCUUUCAAUUCAUAAUCAACAUUCUAAAAUGAUUUAUAGAUAAAAUAAGUAAGACUUCGUUAGAAAUAAUUCUUAUAUAUUAACAAAAAUAAAUAAUUCUCAUAAAAUAAGUUAUUUUGUUUAAGAUCCUCUAUACUUGAGUAUAACUCCAAAGUCAACUGAACUCGAUGUAGCUGGAUAUGAAGUUUUUUCUAAAGGUUUCAACCUUUCUGGCUUUACAAGUGUUAAUGAAAUUAAGCUUUAGAUGAUGUGAAUAAGGUCAAUUUUAUUCUGAAGUAAUUGUCCUACUAAGGGUUAAAGUUCGCAUUACCUUCUCUGGUCUAUAAACACAGUAGAGCACUAACGAAAAAUGUGCCAUUAAUUAUAUUUGAAUGUAAUGUAAGUGUGCAAGUGCCUUGUCCGUCACGUUAAGUGUACAAAUGAUAUUAUAUUUUUUAUUAAUAAAUUUUAUUAAUAAC